GUGGGCGCGGCGCGGGCUCUGCUGGGCGCUCGGCGGCUGCGGACCAGUAUGGGAGUGGGGCCGACCGGCCGCCCGCAGCGUCUGGAGCCCCGCUGAAGCCGCCGCGGAGACCCCGCCCGGGAGCCGAGAUGUGUCUGCGCCUGGGUGGCCUGAGUGUGGGUGACUUCCGGAAGGUGCUGAUGAAGACAGGGCUGGUGCUGGUGGUGCUGGGCCACGUGAGCUUCAUCGCAGCCGCUCUCCUCCACGGCACGGUGCUGCGCUAUGUGGCAGCCCCCAACGAUGCUGUGGCUCUGCAUUACACUGUGGUCAACAUCCUCUCUGUCACUUCCGCCAUCGUGGUCAUCACCUCAGGCAUUGCAGUCAUCGUGUUAUCACGCUACCUCCCCAGCAUCCCUCUGCGCUGGACGGUGUUUAGCUCGAGUGUGGCCUGUGCUCUUCUCUCUCUGACCUGUGCUCUCGGCCUCUUGGCCUCGAUUGCUGUGACCUUUGCCACCCAGGGCCAGGCACUGCUGGCCGCCUGUACUUUUGGGGACCCCGAACUACUGGCACUGGCGCCCGACUGUCCCUUCGACCCCACUCGCAUUUACAGCUCCAGCCUGUGUCUCUGGGGCAUCUCGUUACUGUUCUGCAUGGCAGAGAGUGUGUUUGCUGUCCGCAGCGCCCAGAUCACCCACCAGUUGCUGGAACUGAGGCCCUGGUUGGGGAAGAGCAGCCAUCACAUGAUGCGGGAGAGCCCAGAGCCUGUGGAGGACCACGACCUGCAGAGCUGCACUAGCUCUGGGCUGAUGACCCUUUGACAGCUGUUGCCUCACCCAAGCCCCGUGGCCACUGGGGCCCUCCAGCCAAGUCUGCACCGUGAUCAGGCCAGGAUUCCUGCAGCCAGCCAAGAGGGCUCAAUGCCACUCCAGGACCCGGGUGGGUCUUUCACCCCUCUCCUCCAGCCACCCAGCCCGCUGCACUGAAACGAGACUUUAUUCUGAAGAUAUUAAAAAGAACAGAGAUGCUCCACGUGGAUGCAUGCAGCGGGGGAGGGGACUCGGCCGGGGGCCUGUGCUGCUCUCCCACACAGGACACUGUGGGUGGCGCUCUAGGUGUGUCUGCCCAUCUGUCUGUGGGCCUGUGUGUGUAUCUGAGAGAGACAAGACACACAGAGGGGUCCGUGGGUCUGUGUUCAUCAAAAUGCUGAAACGCAGGCGGGGGUUCAUGGGACUCACAGCUGGGGGGCUGGAAGCAGGAGGUUUUCCUUUUGCAUCAUGGCCUCCGGGACAACAAGGGCAGGAACAGGCAAGGUUGAGGCCCUCCUGCAGGGAAGGAUGGCUCAAGGAAGGUUUCUCCUCAAGCCCCUAAACCUCUGGAAUCCUUCUCUCCGCUCCAAAUAAAAAGACAGGCAUGAUUCCCAACUCCACCAAGGCUGAGAUCUACAAGGGUUGGGGUGGAGGCAGGGAAGCUUGCCCCGUGGUUGGCGGAGGGAAGUCUGGCCUCGUGGCUGGGUGUGUGCGGGGGUGGGGGAGGGGGAAUGGCUGACGUUCUGAUAGCUAGGUAAGGGAGGGCUGACUGAAAGGCAGACCAAGCCAGAGCCUGUGUCUUUAUCAUUGCCGAAGGGAGAUAUUGCCUCCCGGAUGGGGGGUGCCAACGACUUGCUGGCUUGGGCCUUGG